CCAUUACCACCCCCACGUCGUAACAAAUUUUAUAAUUUUCACACACAUUCUUGAUUCACCUUUCAAAUUCCAGCACGAUUUCAAUCUUUGCCCUUCCCAUUUCUUCAUCACCGCUUCGCAUACAUAUAUAUUUAUUGAUAAUACUCAUAUAUACAAGUAUAAUAGCAUACUUCAGGAGAAAAAGUAAAGAAAUUUUGAUAAAGAAACCGAGAAAUGGGGGUGGAUUAUUACAACAUACUAAAGGUAAAUCGGAACGCCAGCGAGGACGACUUGAAGAGGGCCUAUAGGCGUUUGGCCAUGAUUUGGCAUCCGGACAAGAAUGUGAAUAAGAUUGAAGCUGAAGCUAAAUUCAAGCAAAUUUCCGAAGCGUAUGAUGUUCUAAGCGACCCACAGAAGCGUCAGAUCUACGAUCUUUAUGGAGAGGAGAGUCUCAAAUCUGGGCAAGUCCCACGUCCUUCAAGAAGCGCAAGGGCCCACCCGGGUUCUUAUUAUAAUUACGGUAGUAAUCAGCAGCAUCCGAACCCGAAUUUCCGAUUCAAUCCCAGGAAUGCCGACGAUAUAUAUGCGGAAGUUUUUGGGGAAAAUAGUAGUAUUGGAGGCGGUGGGGCGAGAAGGGAUGGGAAUUUUAGGAGUUCGACGAUGAAUAGUGGUGGAAGUAGGGAGUAUUCAGGGGCUGGCGCUGGUGGUGCAGCAGGAGGGUUUAAGAAGGCACAGCCGGUGGAGAAUGUAUUGAUGUGUAGCUUGGAGGAGUUGUAUAAGGGUGCUGCCAAGAAAAUGAAGAUAUCUAGGAAUAUUCUUGAUGGUCACGGCAAGCCGCACGUUUUAGAAGAGAUCUUAACUAUUGAUAUAAAACCAGGCUGGAAAAAGGGCACAAAAAUAACUUUCCCUGAGAAGGGCAACGAAGAACCUGGUGUGAUUCCUGCAGAUAUUAUUUUUGUGGUAGAUGAAAAGCCUCAUCCUGUAUAUAUGAGGGAUGGUAACAAUUUGGUGGUGAAGCAGGAGGUAUCUCUUCUUGAAUCUCUUACAGGAAAAAAUUUCGAACUGGUGACACUAGAUGGAAGGAAUAUCACAAUCCCCGUACUAGAGAUUAUCAAACCUGGACAUGAGGUAGUUGUCCCCUGUGAAGGAAUGCCAAUUUCCAAAGAACCUAGGAAGAAGGGGAAUCUGAAGAUCCAAAUUGACGUCCGGUACCCAACACGGCUCACUGAAACGCAGAAACAUGAACUGCGGAGAGUUUUGGGAGGGAGCUCGCGAUAACGUCUUCCAAGUUUUAUGCUUGACAACAUUAGCAAAGGUGGAUAAUGCAGGUUUUAGGUGUAAAUAUGGUACAUGCUUGCCAUUAUAAUAUGUGAAUAGUAGAAUGUGUUCUUACUAUCCAAGGAUGGUCGAUUUCUGGUCUUUUUUUGGCGAAGUUCAAAUGCCUCUUGCCGAAGAAAGUGGUUAUGUAUAUACACAAGUUCUAUGAGAUGUAAUACCCCUACUGACUGAUAGUAGACCCUUCUUUUGUUGCUGGAGAUUUUUGUCGAUCAUAUUCUAUAAUUUUUACCUGA